AUGGAAACCGUCAUGAUGACAGUCGACGUGGCCCCCUUGGGUGGGGACCUUGAAAGGUAAGGCCAGGCGCUGGUUGCCUCUCUAGGCAGGUUGGGCAGAAACUCCUCUUUCCACCUGGAUAAUAACCAUCCAUGCCUCUCUUUUUAUCCUUCCUUCCUUCCUUCCUUCCUUCCUUCCUUCCUUCCUUCCUUCCUUCCUUCCUUCCUCCUUCCUUCCUUCCUUCCUUCUCUCCAGCUUGUUGAUCGUCUUCCCCUGGACCCGGCGUUUGUUCCGUAACUUCGGGGACCUCUCUGACCCUGCCCCCUCAUUAGGAACCUCUCCAGCCCUUCUUGCACGAGGUCAAGGAGGCUUUUUCCGAGCUGCGUGA